ACUCCGCGCCUUUCUUACAUCACCACUACGCAUGCGCCUUGGAAGGAGGGGCGAACUUUUGGGAGACCGGCUGGAGGCGCGUCUUGGCUGCCGUCUAACGGCGCCUGCGCGGACGGGAGCCCGACUGGAACAUGGCGACUUGCGCCGAAAUCCUGCGGAGCGAGUUCCCCGAAAUUGACGGACAGGUCUUCGACUACGUGACGGGCGUCUUGCACAGCGGCAGCGCGGACUUCGAGUCUGUGGAUGACCUGGUGGAAGCGGUGGGGGAACUGUUGCAGGAGGUGUCCGGGGACAGCAAGGAUGACGCGGGCAUCAGGGCUGUGUGCCAGCGCAUGUACAACACUCUGCGCCUGGAUGAGCCACAGACCCAGGGAAACAGCCAGGUGCUACUAGACACCCCCAUCCAGUUGUCAAAGAUAACAGAAAACUACGACUGUGGCACCAAAUUUCCAGGACUGCUAAAGAGGGAACAGUCCUCGACAGUGAAUGCAAAGAAGCUAGAGAAGGCUGAGGCUCGACUGAAGGCAAAGCAGGAGAAGCGCUCAGAGAAGGACACACUCAAGACCAGCACUCCUCUGGUCUUGGAAGAGGCAUCAGCCAGCCAGGCAGGCAGCAGAAAGGAGAGUCGGUUGGAAUCAUCUGGCAAGAACAAAUCAUACGAUGUGCGAAUUGAGAACUUCGAUGUGUCUUUUGGCGAUAGGGUACUACUGGCUGGAGCAGAUGUGAACCUGGCGUGGGGCCGCCGCUAUGGGCUAGUGGGUCGAAAUGGGCUGGGGAAGACGACACUCCUGAAGAUGUUAGCCACUCGGAGCCUGCGAGUUCCAGCCCACAUUUCCCUGCUGCACGUGGAGCAGGAGGUUGCUGGAGAUGACACUCCUGCCCUACAGAGUGUGCUAGAGAGUGACACUGUGAGAGAGGACCUUCUGCAGAGGGAGCGGGAGCUCAGUGCCCAGAUUGCCACUGGCAGGGCUGAGGGCUCAGAAGCUGCACAGUUGGCGGAAAUAUAUGCCAAACUGGAGGAGAUUGAGGCUGACAAGGCACCUGCCAGGGCAUCAGUCAUUCUUGCUGGGCUUGGCUUUACCCCUAAAAUGCAGCAGCAGCCCACCCGGGAGUUCUCAGGUGGCUGGAGGAUGAGGCUGGCCCUGGCCCGGGCUCUGUUUGCUAGGCCAGAUCUUCUGCUGCUAGAUGAACCCACAAACAUGCUGGAUGUAAGGGCCAUCCUGUGGCUGGAGAAUUACCUGCAAACGUGGCCUUCUACAAUCCUCGUUGUCUCCCACGACCGCAACUUUCUGAAUGCCAUAGCCACAGACAUCAUCCACCUGCACAGCCAGCGACUAGAUGGCUACCGGGGAGACUUUGAGACCUUCAUCAAGAGCAAGCAGGAGCGGCUGCUCAACCAGCAGCGGGAAUAUGAGGCACAGCAGCAGUACCGCCAGCAUAUCCAGGUUUUCAUUGACCGAUUUCGCUACAAUGCCAACAGAGCCUCUCAAGUGCAGAGUAAACUUAAGAUGCUGGAGAAGCUACCAGAGCUGAAACCUGUGGACAAGGAGUUGGAGGUGGUGAUGAAGUUCCCCGAUGGAUUUGAGAAGUUCUCACCACCAGUUCUGCAACUAGAUGAGGUGGAUUUCUACUAUGAUCCUAAGCACGUCAUCUUCAGCCGUCUCUCCGUCUCUGCUGAUCUCGAGUCCCGCAUUUGUGUGGUUGGGGAGAAUGGGGCUGGGAAGUCAACCAUGCUGAAGCUGCUUAUGGGGGACCUGGCACCUGUUCGGGGCAUCAGACAUGCUCACAGGAAUCUGAAGAUCGGCUACUUCAGCCAGCACCACGUGGAGCAGCUGGACCUGAGUGUCAGUGCUGUGGAACUGCUGGCCCGCAAGUUUCCCGGGCGGCCUGAGGAGGAGUAUCGUCACCAGCUGGGCCGGUAUGGCGUCUCUGGAGAACUGGCCGUGCGCCCUGUUGCCAGCUUGUCUGGAGGCCAGAAGAGCCGGGUAGCCUUUGCUCAGAUGACCAUGCCCUGUCCCAACUUCUACAUUCUGGAUGAACCCACAAACCACCUGGAUAUGGAGACGAUUGAGGCUCUGGGCCGUGCUCUCAACAAUUUCAGGGGUGGUGUGAUUUUGGUGUCCCACGAUGAGCGCUUCAUCCGGUUGGUGUGCCGGGAGUUGUGGGUGUGCGAAGGCGGCGGCGUCACCCGGGUCGAGGGGGGGUUUGACCAGUACCGCGCCCUUCUCCAGGAACAGUUCCGCCGUGAGGGCUUCCUCUAGGGCCACAGCCUGAGGACUGUGCCCAGGACGUGGACUGGUCUCUCAGACCCCUGGGCCACCAUGUAGGCAACCAUCUCCAGGCCACGGACUUCCCCCGACUUUGGGGACAGCCUUAUCUCUGAAUCUCCUUUUGACUGGAGCAUCCUCUGCACAACCCAGGGAGCCCCAUCUAAGUGUCUGUGAGGACUGGUCUUCAAGGGAAGGGGUGGGAGGUGCCCUCUGGCUAUAGAUCCCCCCACUGCCCUGGCUCUGACUGGGCCCCAACUGGCUGCUGUGUAAAUUAAAUCUCCCCCUGCAUCUCCCUG